GGGUGUCAAGUAAAGUGUUACCAGAGAUAAUGAUGACUGCAAAUCUUACUACGUUAUCAUGUGUUUGUUUACCUCACAAUGUGUCUCUGUGUCGUGAAAAUGCACAUGUGAAAAAUUUAUACUUUUGCAUUAUCUUAUUUCCGGCAUAAUAUUUACAUCAGGAGACCACAUCACUGCACUGCAGACGACAGGAGCUCCACCAAUGACAGGAGGGGGAAAUGAAUACACGGUGGCCAUUUUAAUUUCAUUCAUACAGUAUGAGGAAAGGGGUAGGAUGAGGGUGUGGUCUUUUUUUAAUUAAGCAACAAUCUCUUGGAUGACCUCUGGCUCUCUGCAAGCACGUCUCAUACACACACACAAACACACACACACACACACACAAAUGAACACAGGCUACCUCAACCUUUCCCUGAUGAGAUAGAGGGGAGUUGAUUUGAGAGAAAUAGAGACUCCAGCCUUUUUCCUGAGUGAUGCAGCCUGUCACACCCCGCCCCCGCUACACCACAUGGUACGGUCCAGAUCGAUGUCACAGGCAUUUAAAUGAGGAAGGAAGAGCAGCAGAGACUGCUAGACAGCUGGGCCAAACCAGGCAGAAACAGGGGUGGGGGGCAGACAGAUACACAGACACCGGGACAGAAAGAGAGACAGAGGGAGAGUGGAUGGAUCUACAGGACCAGUUCUGUUUGACCGCCGUGGUGCCCGCCACUUCCUGACUUCCCAGCAUUCUUUGCCAGGGAUCCCCGUGGUGCUGAAACAGACAAUUGACCUACGCACCUCCAUGGACGGCAAGUACAAGGAAAUUGCUGAGGAGCUGUUCUCUCGCAGCUUAGCAGAGUGUGAUAUGCUCAGCGCCCCUUAUGAGUUCCCUGAGGACAGUCCCAUAGAACAGCUGGAGGAGAGACGACAACGACUAGAGAGACAGAUCAGCCAGGAUGUCAAGUUUGAGCCAAAUAUCCUUCUGCGAGCCAAACAGGAGCUAAUGAAGACUGACAGCGCUACUGACCUAGAAUACCUGAAGGAGCAGAGCCAGGCAUUCAUGGACCUGUACCCCAAGGAGAAAGAACGGGAAGGAGAGAAGGAGUACCAGCGGGUCACCAUCUCUGGAGAGGAGAAAUGUGGGGUUCCCUUCACAGACCUGCUGGAUGCUGCUAAGUGUGUAGUGAAGGCCUUGUUCAUCAGGGAGAAGUACAUCGGCCUGUCCAUGCAGAGCUUCUGUCGGACAACAGCCAGCUACCUAGAGGAGCUCAGUGACAGACCUCUAGAUAUGGGCAUAUACGAGGAGAUCCCGGAGACCUCUGUUACUGCAGAUUUAGACCAGACGGUCCAUCCUCCCGUCUCCACCACUCACCCUUACGAGAACCAGGAACCUGCCUGUAUGCCUCCUGAUAUAGGCUAUGGCUGCAAGAUGGUAAACGGUGUCGUCCACAUCUACACUAAUAAGGACACAAUGGAGAAGAGCACAGAGUUGGAGCUUCCUUAUCCAGACCUACAAGACUACAUCAAUGACAUGAACGUCAUGAUGGCUCUCAUCAUCAAUGGACCUGUGAAGUCGUUCUGUUACCGUCGGUUACAGUACCUGAGUUCUAAGUUCCAGAUGCACAUCUUGCUGAAUGAGAUGAAGGAGCUGGCAGCUCAGAAGAAAGUCCCUCAUAGAGACUUCUACAACAUACGCAAGGUGGAUACCCAUAUCCACGCCGCAUCCUGUAUGAACCAGAAACACCUGCUGAGGUUUAUCAAGAGGGCCAUGAAGAAGUAUCCAGGGGAGAUUGUCCAUGUGGAGAGAGGCAAGGGACAGACGCUCAUGGAGGUGUUCGAAACCAUGAACCUCACAGCCUUCGACCUGAGUGUGGACACACUGGAUAUGCAUGCUGACCGCAACACUUUCCAUCGCUUUGACAAAUUCAACGCCAAAUACAACCCCAUUGGGGAGUCCAUCCUGAGAGAGAUCUUCAUCAAGACAGACAACCACGUACAGGGGAAAUACUUUGGACACAUCAUCAAGGAGGUGAUGGCUGACCUGGAGGAGAGUAAAUACCAGAACGUGGAGCUGCGUCUGUCCAUCUGCGGCCGCUGCAGAGACGAAUGGGACAAGCUGGCCCAGUGGGCCGUCAAACACCAAGUCUACUCUAACAACGUACGCUGGCUGGUGCAGGUCCCACGACUCUUUGAUGUGUACCACACCAAGAAGCAGCUGUGUAACUUCCAGGAGCUGCUGGAUAACAUCUUCAUGCCUCUGUUCGAGGUCACCAUCGACCCCGCCAGGCACCGUGAGCUGCACCUCUUCCUACAACACGUGGUGGGCCUCGACAGUGUGGACGACGAGUCUAAACCAGAGCAACACUGCUUCAACAUGGAGAGUCCUCCGCCAGUCAACUGGACUGUGGAAGACAACCCUCCUUAUGCCUACUACCUGUACUAUAUGUACGCUAACAUGACCGUGCUCAACCACCUGCGCAGGCAGAGAGGUUUCAACACCUUGGUGCUGCGUCCUCACUGUGGGGAGGCGGGGCCUAUCCAUCACCUGGUGUCGGGUUUCAUGCUGUCAGAGAACAUCUCCCAUGGACUGCUGCUCAGGAAGGCCCCUGUGCUGCAGUACCUGUACUACCUGGCUCAGAUCGGCAUCGCCAUGUCUCCUCUCAGCAACAACAGCCUGUUCCUCAGCUACCACCGUAACCCUCUGCCUGAAUAUCUGUCCAGAGGACUCAUGGUGUCACUGUCCACUGACGACCCUCUACAGUUCCACUUCACUAAGGAGCCCCUGAUGGAGGAGUACAGCAUCGCUGCUCAGGUGUGGAAGCUCAGCUCCUGUGACAUGUGUGAGCUGGCCAGGAACAGUGUUCUGAUGAGCGGUUUCUCCCAUAAGGUGAAGAGUUACUGGCUCGGCCCUCACUACAUCAAGGAGGGCCAGGAGGGCAACGACAUCCGACGCACCAACGUCCCCGACAUCCGUGUGGAGUACCGCUAUGAGACCAUGUGUGAAGAGCUUUACCUCAUCACCCAGGCCAUCCACACAGAGGAGCUGGCCAUCCACACAGAGGAGCUGGCCAUCCACACAGAGGAGCUGGCCAUCCACACAGAGGAGGGGACGCUAUGUAGGGGUCCUGUUUAAGGGGAGAGAGGAGGAGAGGAGGCUGUUUAGGGGGGCUGUUUAAGGGGAGUGAGUAGGAAGGAGGAGGAGUAAUAGGAAUCUGCUCUGACGACGAGCUCAUGUCUGAAGGAGACGACACCUGCGAGGGUAAAAAAACACACGCCCUGUUAAGAACUCUUUUUAUUUAUUUAAAUACUUUUUAUAUAUAUUGACUUUCAAAGGAGGGCAACCUUCAUAUGGGACCUGUGUAGGAAGAGGAGGUACAAGGAGCAAGGUGGAGGGGGAGGAGGAGGAGCAGGGAAGAGGAGGAGGGAGCAGGGAAGAGGAGGAGGGAAGAGGAGCAUGGAAGAG